CUAUCAUGUCGACUAUUGUAUUCAUAAAAACAGAGAUUAUGGUAAAUCCGAAAAUGGCUGGGACAGGUGGCCCGUGGGGCCCACUCAUGAAAGUGCCCCAGCUCAAAAUUUAAUGAAAUCGUACCAAUGGUGUGGUUGAAACUCGUAAAUACCCAAAAAUAUUUCAGGCCCACUUGGAAGUACCGAAAGCACUUCCGAAAACACUACAAAUGAAAUCACUUUUUCGCCUUCUCUCGGCCACGCGUGCUCUCUCCUAAAAUGCGCCCUGGGCGCACGGUCUACUUUCCUCUUCCAUGCGAACUUGAUGCCUCUGCUGGUACUUUCUCCGGCACAGUCUCAGAGGUUUGAGUGCUUCAAUUCAUUUUGCUCUGGCAGAUCGGUCCACGCUUCUGUUCUUCGGGGCAAUCGUGCAUUUGACGCUUGGACUUGGGUUCCGUUUGCCUGGGAGGAAAAUUUCUUUUUUUAAUGGAAAAUGUUUUCCCCUUUCCUUUCCGUAUGGUUUUCAUAUGCUGUGGACUUUGACAGUUUGACAGAUCUACCUACGUCACACGCGCAUUUCAACUUUUGAACUUUCAAGUUUUGAUUUUCAAAAUCCAACCUAGAUUGGCCGUGCAAAUUUGUUGUAAUAUGAGGCUCAUCUGAGGGUCUUCAAAUCCCAGAUCUCUUGCUUCCAUCUGCGGCGGCGGCGGCUGUGGCGACGGCGGCAGCAAUGGUUGUAGAGACUUGGAUUCUCAAGAUGGGAAAUCAGGUGAGCGCCAAUUUGAAGCACGCCCUUCUUCUGGAAUCCUCUAAGAAGAAAUGCUCGAAGAAGCCGGAGCAGAGUCAGAGCAUCGGCAUUCUCUCCUUCGAGAUCGCGAACCUCAUGUCCAAAACGGUUCACCUCUACAAAUCUCUUACCGACUCGGAGAUUUCCAAGCUCAAGAGCGAGAUCUUGAAGUCCAAGGGCGUAGUGAACCUCGUCUCUUCGAAUGAGUCUUAUCUUCUUGAGCUCGCCCUCGCCGAGAAGUUGGAGGAGCUGGACCGCGUCGCCAGGGCCGUCUCCAGGCUCGGCAAGAGGUGCAGUGUGCCAGCUUUGCUGGGGUUCGAGCAUGUGUACGGCGAUAUUGUUCGUGGAGCGAUCGAUUUGAGGGGUUUAGGGUUUUUGGUGAAGGACAUGGAGGCGAUGGUGAGGAAGUUGGAGCGGUAUGUGCAGAUGACAUCGAAUCUUUACGGCGAAAUGGAGACGCUGAGCGAGAUGGAGCGCACAGCAAAGAAGUUCCAGCACGAGGAGAGUCGCCGGGCGUUCGAGCAGAAGCUGGCGUGGCAGAAGCAAGAUGUUAACCAUCUCAAGGACGUUUCGCUUUGGGGACAGACUUAUGACAAGGUUGUGGAGCUUUUGGCGAGGACUGUAUGCACAAUUUAUGCUAGGAUACGUGUGGUAUUUGGAGAAUUUGGUAUUGGCCUUCACGAAGGAGGUUCCCCGCUAUUAAUGAAGCUUGAAUUCCAGCGUAAUUCCGGCGCUAUUGAUGUGCAGAGUCAUGGUCCAACCCUUUCUGGACCGCUAAAACGAGUUCUCAGCAAGACUAGCGCUACUAAUUCUGGGCAAAGUGAGAGAACAGGGACAAAUGCUAAGCCUCAGCUUGGAUCACAGACACUACAACGGGAAGCAGCUCCAUUUCAUCCUGAAGAUUUUGCUGUUCCAUGUGGGUCGACUCCCGGGAAGCUUUUUCUUGAAUGUUUUAGCCUAAGCAGCUCGGCUUCAAAGAUUGAUGAUGAUCUUGUUCAUCAUGAUCAGGAUGGCAAUAGCGAAGCUUCGGGUUGUUGCAGGGUUGCAACUGAUGCAAAACAGGAACAAUGGCACUCUGGUUCCAGUAAUCGAAGUCGGAUCAGCGGCCUUUUACAACCCAUGUGCAGUUCCGCUAACUGCUUGAGAUUUGGCCGGAGAAGUAGACUGGCAUCCUACGCCUCUCCUUGCACCAUCGGAGGCUCUGCUCUAGCCCUGCAUUAUGCCAAUGUCAUCAUCGUGAUAGAGAAGCUCCUUCGCUACCCCCAUUUAGUUGGGGAGGAAGCUAGGGAUGAUCUUUAUCAGAUGUUGCCAUCAAGUUUGAGAUCAUCUUUAAGGACUAAUCUCAAGGCUUACGUGAAGCAUUUGGCUAUAUACGAUGCCCCACUUGCCCAUGAUUGGAAAGAAACCCUUGAUGGGAUACUGAGUUGGCUUGCGCCGCUCGCGCAUAACAUGAUCCGGUGGCAGAGCGAGCGCAAUUUUGAGCAACAGCAGAUUGUGACGCGGAUGAAUGUUCUGCUGCUGCAGACAUUGUAUUUUGCCGACAGGGAAAAGACAGAAGCUGCCAUCUGUGAGCUUCUUGUGGGUCUGAACUAUAUAUGUCGAUACGAGCAACAGCAAAAUGCCUUAUUGGACUGUGCAAGCAGUUUUGAUUUUGAUGACUGUGUGGCUUGGCAGAGCUGAUCCUGGCAAUUGAAAUUUAACCAUUUUCCUCUUGAUUCCUGAUACACAAAAUUACAAAUCAAAGCCGAAGAUGAUAGCUCAACAUGGAGCGAGUAUUAGAGGUUUGCAGAUCGACAACUAUGGCUGGAAACUGCAGUUGAUUAAUGUGAUUUUAUUGCAAAGUUAUAUGGGAAGUCUUGAUUGCUGUACAGAAUUCCAAUUACCUGUGAAGAGGCAUUUUUUUCCUUUCCUGUGGAAGGAAUGUAUGUAUGUAUUUGUGUACAGCUUUGAAGAUUUCCCUUGUCACAUCUUCUUCGCAUUUUAUUUAGUCCAACACUUGAAGACACUAAUGUUAUUGAGAAUUCAGUUGACAUUGUCAAGCUUCUAUUCCUUCCUGUAUUACUAAUUAUCGUAAAACUUAGAUUUCCCUUCA